CCCAGUUAGGAAAUCGCUUCCCUCCAAAGUAACUCAGCUAUAAAUACUACACCGCUUCUUCAACAAUCAGCACCUUCAUCUGCGUUUGUUUUCAAAGAAUCGCACAGCUUCUUCUAUCUCUUUCUACUCAUCCCUUUGUUUCUUAUAUCUCUCUUCUAUCUCUUUCUGCUCAUCGCUAUAGACUAUAUUCAUCAUACUCAGUACAGCUGCCUUUCGUUCAUUCAGCAAAUAUGAGUUCUUAUGCUGAUCAGGCUAAUGUUAGAGGGCAGGCCUAUCCACCUGCAGAAGGGAAACCGCCAGUUCAUGCCGCGCCUCCUCCAAUGGGGUACCCUGUGAACAACAGUGUUAACUACUCCCAACAAGUUCCAGUGAAGACUAAAAAACGUGGCGAUGGAUUCUGGAAAGGAUGUUGUGCUGCUCUGUGCUGCUGUUGCUUGGUGGAUAUGUGCGUUUGAGACUGGGAGGAGAUCGGCUAUAUUAGGAUAGCUAAUAAUAAGUGAAGGUGUAUUGAUUCUUAUUAUAAGUGUGGGAUUAGAUAGAUGCAUUUUUUGCAUCUGUGUGUAUUGUUUUUGUUUCAGAUUUAGUUUGUAUUUGUGCGUUUGUAAAUUUUUUUAUUGUUCAGCUGCUUGUAAAUUGUUGAAACAUAUAGUUGAUGAGGAAUAAUUGAUACAUACAUAGCA